UAGCGAGGAAAAUAUUCCGAUGGUUCCUCGCAAGGUUCUUCGAAUUGUAGCAUUGAGAGAGAGUGUGGAAGUUUGGAGCCCAUAAUUUAAAUCUAGGUUAUGAGAAAAAUCAUGUGAGUGUUGAUAUCGACCCGGAUGACACUUCGCUUCUCUCCUUCCUUCGCGAUUCCAAAUGCUGGCCGAUCGGGGCUAGGGAUGGUCGCGGAUUUCUCUUAGAUCGGCCUCGAAAUAUUUCGGGCUCGUCGAUCGCCGCGGUCGAUCGAUCGGGGUUCUUUCCCUCCAUGGCGGAGCUUGGGGGAUCUAGCGGCGUGGUGGAGGGCGAGGGGAGGAUUUCCUUGAGCGAGAAUACGUGGGAGGAGAGGGUGUUUGGGCGGCCGUCGAGCGAUUCGCGGCGGGCCGAGGAUGAGGCGACGCUCAAGUGGAUCGCGCUUCAGAAGCUGCCGAGCAUGGAUCGAAUGCGCACGGCGCUGGUCCGGGGCGAUGGCGGGGAGAAGGAUUUCGAGGCGGUGGAUGUGGCCAAGCUGGGGAUCGCGUACAAGCAGCGGAUUAUGGAGCAAGUGGCGCUCGACAACGAGCGAUUCUUGCGGAAGCUGCGGGAUCGCAUUGACAAAGUGGAGAUCGAUCUACCCAAGAUCGAAGUUCGCUUCCAGGAUUUACAUGUUGAUGCUGAUGUCUAUGUUGGAGGCCGGGCUCUCCCCACGCUCUACAACUACACCAUCAACACGAUCGAAGAGCUCUUUGGAUCGCUUCGGCUAUCUCCUACUAAGAAACGAGUGCUCACCAUCCUUGACAACGUUACUGGCAUCAUCAAGCCGUGCAGGCUGACUUUACUUCUGGGACCUCCCGGCUCGGGAAAGACAACUUUCUUAAAGGCACUAUGCGGAAAGUUAGAUCACGACCUCCGGGUUUCAGGGAACGUUACAUACAAUGGAUGCGAGUUUAGCGAGUUUGUGCCACACAGGACGUCGGGAUAUAUCAGCCAGACUGACCUUCACACCCCGGAGCUUACUGUCCGAGAGACCCUGGACUUUUCUUGUCGGUGUCAAGGUGUUGGAUCACGAUAUGAUAUGCUUGCGGAGCUCUGUAGACGUGAGAAGGCUGCUGGAAUCAAACCAGACCCUGAUAUUGACGCUUUUAUGAAGGCUUUGGCUUUGGAAGGACAGGAACGAAACAUUCGGACGGACUACGUUCUCAAGGUUUUAGGACUCGACAUAUGCGCUGACACGCUAGUUGGCGAUCAAAUGCGUCGCGGAAUUUCUGGUGGGCAGAAGAAACGACUUACAACAGGAGAAGUUCUUGUUGGACCAGCAAAAGCUUUGUUCAUGGAUGAGAUCUCGACAGGCCUAGACAGCUCCACUACGUACCAAAUUGUCAAGCAUUUGAGGCAAACUGUGCACAAUGCCGACUACACCAUCAUUGUCUCGCUUCUCCAGCCGGCUCCAGAGGUUUACAAUCUCUUCGACGAUCUUAUAUUGCUUGCCGAGGGGCGUAUAAUCUAUCAAGGACCCUGCAACAUGAUUCUCGAUUUCUUUUAUUCGCUGGGAUUCAAGUGUCCUGAAAGAAAAGGCGUGGCAGACUUUCUCCAGGAGGUGAUAUCAAGAAAGGACCAGGAACAGUACUGGAUGGAUUCAAGUCGAGAGUAUAGAUAUGUUUCUGUGGAAGACUUCACGCUAGCUUUCUCAAGGCAUCAUAUUGGCCAGGAUCUAGCGAGAGAACUCAAAGUGCCGUACGACAAGUCCAAGAGCAAUCCUGCUGCUUUGGUGACAAAGCAAUAUGGGUCAACCAGCUGGAACAUCUUUCAAGCUUGCGUUGCGAAAGAAGUUCUUCUCAUGAAACGCAAUGCUUUUAUCUAUGCUUUUAAAACCACACAGAUUUUGGUGAUGGCGACCGUGAGUAUGACCGUGUUCUUGCGAACGCAGCAUCACAUUUCUGUCACAGACGGAACUAUUCUGGUUUCCUCUCUUUUCUACUCGAUCGUUGUCAUCAUGUUUAAUGGUUUUGCGGAGCUCGCAAUGACCAUUAACAGGUUACCAAUAUUUUACAAGCAACGGAACUUGCUCUAUCCGUCUUGGGCAUUUUCCGUUCCGGCUUGGAUCAUGAGAAUGCCCUUCUCGCUGCUUGAGACUGCGAUUUGGGUGUUCCUAACUUACUGGGUUAUCGGCUAUGCUCCAGAGGUUGGAAGAUUCUUUCGCCAGUUUUUGUUGCUCUUCACGCUUCACAACAUGGCAAUGUCUGGAUUUCGUUUCAUGGCAUCUUUGGGAAGAACUAUGCUCGUUGCAAAUACUUUUGGUUCCUUUUCGCUGGUACUCGUCUUCAUUCUUGGUGGUUUUGUCAUCUCUCGAAGUAAGUUGAAGACAAACCUUGUUUUCUUAUGGACACUAAAGUUUGGUAUAGAUGCUAUUCAUCCGUGGUGGAUCUGGGCUUAUUGGUCAUCGCCUCUGAUGUACGCACAAAACGCUAUUGCCGUUAAUGAGUUCACGGCCCCAAGAUGGCGAGUGCUUGCACCAAAUUCCACCGAAAGUGUCGGUACAAUUGUGCUCAAGGCUCGAGGGAUUUUUCCAGAUCCUUCUUGGUUUUGGAUUGGAAUUGGCGCCCUUGUCGGGUUUGCGAUUUUCUUUAACAUCUUUUUCACUAUAGCGUUAACGGUUCUCAAGCCUUUUGGAAAACCAUCGGUGAUUCUUUCUGAGGAAACAUUGAACGAGAAACACAAAACCAAGACCGGACAAGCUGUGAACUCUAGCUCUCAGGAGAAGUCAUCCCAGAGUUUUAGAAAAUCAUUUGGUUUUCAUUCAAAUGGGGACCCCGAAUCUGGAGAUGUAAAAACAGGCAUGGUGCUACCUUUCCAGCCACUGUCCAUAGCUUUCCACAAAGUCAGCUACUUUGUUGACAUGCCUAAGGAGAUGAAAGCACAAGGAGAAACUCUGGACAGGCUUCAGCUUCUCAAGGAGGUGAGCGGGGCUUUCAGGCCUGGAGUUCUCACAGCACUAGUUGGCGUAAGUGGAGCGGGGAAGACGACUCUAAUGGAUGUUCUUGCUGGUCGUAAGACUGGUGGCUACAUUGAAGGCGAAAUUAGCAUCAAUGGCUAUCCAAAGAAGCAAGACACUUUUGCUCGAAUCUCCGGCUACUGCGAGCAGACUGAUAUCCAUUCUCCAAAUGUGACAGUUGAAGAAUCUCUCAUUUACUCGUCAUGGUUGCGGCUUCCGAAAGAAGUUGACAAACAAACGAGACUGAUGUUUGUGAAGGAGGUGAUGUCUCUUGUGGAACUCACGCCUCUCAGAAACGCUCUUGUUGGUCUCCCUGGAGUGAGUGGACUCUCGGUGGAGCAAAGGAAGAGGCUGACUAUUGCCGUGGAGCUUGUUUCGAAUCCUUCCAUCAUUUUUAUGGACGAGCCAACUUCGGGACUUGACGCUCGUGCUGCAGCCAUUGUGAUGAGAACUGUUCGUAACACUGUGGACACGGGAAGAACAGUGGUAUGCACCAUUCACCAGCCUAGCAUCGACAUAUUUGAGUCUUUUGACGAGCUAUUAUUGAUGAAAGGAGGUGGUCAAGUGAUCUAUGCAGGACCUCUCGGUAGACACUCCCACCACCUUAUAGAAUUCUUCCAGGCCGUGGAAGGUGUUCCAGCUAUUGAAGAUGGAAGUAACCCAGCAACCUGGAUGCUCGAUGUCACUGCUGAGGAGGUCGAAGUCAGACUUGGAAUCGAUUUCGCAAAGUACUACGAACAAUCUUCUUUGUACAAGCAAAACGAUGCUCUUGUGGAGAGACUGAGCAAGCCAAUGCCAGACUCGAGCGACCUCCACUUUCCAACCAAAUACUCUCAGUCAUUCUAUAUCCAAUGCAAGGCUUGCUUCUGGAAGCAAUAUCGUUCUUAUUGGAAGAAUCCUCAUUACAACGUGGUUCGCUACUUCUUCACUACAGUAUGCGCUCUACUAUUUGGAACGAUCUUCUGGCGAGAAGGGAAAAAUAUACGAACAGAGCAAGAGCUGUUUAACGUGAUGGGAUCGAUGUACGCUGCUUGCCUGUUUCUCGGAGUUAACAACUGCACCGCAGCUCAACCUGUUGUUGGUGUCGAGAGGACUGUAUUCUAUCGAGAACGGGCAGCAGGGAUGUAUUCAGCAAUUCCAUACGCUUUAGCACAGGUAGCAAUCGAGAUUCCUUAUGUCUUCAUCCAAACUGCGAUCUAUCUCAUCAUAGUUUACUCCACAAUCGCAUACGAGUGGUCACCAGAUAAAUUCUUUUGGUUCUUCUUCUUCAUGUAUUCCACAUUCUUAUACUUCACCUUCUAUGGGAUGAUGGUGGUGUCUCUCACGCCGAACUAUCAGCUGGCAGCAGUGGUUUCAUCUGCAUUCUUUGGUUUUUGGAAUCUCUUCUCGGGGUUUUUGAUCCCGCGUCCAAAAAUCCCGAUAUGGUGGAGAUGGUAUUACUAUGCUAACCCAGUUGCGUGGACGCUCAAUGGUCUCAUAACUUCACAACUUGGGGACAGAGGAACAGUGAUGGAUGUUCCUGGCAAAGGCCAACAAAUUGUGCGAGAUUACAUCAAGCAGAGAUUUGGUUUCCAUAAGGAUAGAUUGGGCGAAAUUGCUGCUGUCCAUAUACUGUUUGUAUUGGUGUUAGCUCUUACUUUCGCCUUUAGCAUCAAAUAUUUUAACUUCCAGAAGAGAUAAUUACCAAAACUAAACCUUUGGAAGA